AUGUCUCCUACAUCGUUCAUCUCUCUGUUCUUUUUGACGCAUUUGUUUGCGGGAAAGGCAGUACACGCCACUCCUAUACCAGGGAUUGUUUGCUCAGAAGAUCUCAAAGAAAAACCAUCCGAUUCUUUAGUUAAAUUCGUCGACGAAGAGGUAGUCAAGAUAGCCAAAGCCUGUCUGACGAACCGAGAUGAAGAGGAAAUAACAGGGAAUAUACUGAAAUACGGAAUGGCUCAAUUUUUGAAUCCGUACUCACUGAUGGAUGCUAUGUAUGUAAUUGGUCUUACCGAGCUGCGUUCAGUACUGGGACUUCCCUUAUCCGUUCCUUGGAAACAAGGGACAAAACCCACUGCCGACGAGCUUGCCGCGGCGUCAACUAUCGAAGAGUACUAUAAACUGAAGGAGCCUUAUAGCUCGGAGCACGGUAACAGUAAAUUUCUUCUUGAGAAACACUUGCCUCCAGCUAUCAAGUUUUUGGAUAAACGAUUCCCAGCCAUUCGAAUAAUGUAUCGGAGACAUCUCGAAGAAAGUGUUUGUAUUGUUGACAAGAAAGGAGUCAUCGGACGAGAAAAAGUUGAUUAUAUGAUUGGAGAGUUUUGGAAUAUCAUAGCUCCAAUAUCAGAAGCAAUGCUAGGAAUAAUGUUUCAUAUUAAUGAUUGUCGUUUUGAAAGGACUAACUGGUACCAUCGGAGACAAUUUUUACGCCAAUAA